AUGGCCAAAAGACCCGGAUUGGUUCAUGUAUCAACUUUUACAGUAAUAUGUGCUUAUUUAUGGGCUUGUAUGGUGAAAUCAAAAGCCGCAAUUGGGGAGGAGGGUGAUGAAGAUGACCCCUAUCACUUCGUAUGUGCGGGAGACACUCGGGCCCGUUUGGAUCCACCUAUUCCAGCUACUUACUUUGGUAACUGCGUAGUAGCAGCAUGCAUUGUAACUGUAAACUGUAGGAAACUAGUGGAAGACGAAGGUUUCAUAUUUGCAGCGGUGGCGAUCGGAGAGGACAUUCGUGAGAGGUUGUACAAUGAAGAGGGAGUGUUGAAAGAUGCAGAAAAUUGGCUGUCGGGCGGGAAAGAAAUUAUGAGGGAGAGAACUGUUGGGGUAGCUGGGUCUCCCAAGUUCAAUUACUAUGAUAUUAAUUUUGGGUGGGGAAAGCCUAAGAAGUUCGAAUUUGUGUCUAUAGAUAUUACAGGAGCAAUGUCCUUAAAUGGUUGCAGAGAUUUAGAUGGAGGCAUAGAGGUUAGCUUGUCCUUGCCUAAAGCUCAAAUGGAUGCUUUUGCUACUAUUUUUGCUGGAGUUCUCUAA